AUGGGCCGGCACGUCGCCUGGGUGAGUAUGCUCGGCAUCCAGAAGAUGGCCAUGCUCGCGAUUGCCGCGCAUGCAUUGAUGAAUGGCAGUGGCUUGCUCAGCGGGGCUGUGGAGGAGUUUCGAGUGUCCAGAGGUAUGAUCGACUUUCGCGGGGACAUUGGUCAAAUUGGACGAACCACAUCGACAAUCAAGCAACAGUCGCAACGCUCGUCCUAUAUCGUUUCGAUGAAGUCGAUGCACCGAUUUUGCAAAGACCUGUCUGAGGCGCUCGACCACGACACUGCAGAGCGCUGCUGGGUAACGUUGUUUGACACGUUUCCCAACGUCGACAGGUCACCGAUGGCGUUUCAAGUGCACUACGAUUACGCCAGGCACAUUGAGAACGGCUCGAAUGACCGCACGUCAGCAGCAAAAACUGCCUACGAACGUGCGUUGGCAGUCAUGACCGAGCCGUCGUCGCCGCUUUCCUUAGAUGCGAUGAACAGACUGGGCCUCCUGUGGCAAAAGCUAUCGCGACCGCACGUUGCGAUUGAAGUCUUUCGGCAGAGUCUUCAGUGGCACCCCCAUGAAUGCGCUUUACGGGGAAAUUUGGCCAGCGCGUAUCUUGAGCUUGGCAAUGUCGCGGCGGCCCUCGCUGCCGCUGCCGUCGCCCUCAAACUUGAGCCACACAAUGCAGCACUACACCACAACAUGGGCAACAUCUACCAGCGUGCUGGCGAUAUGUUGUCUGCUAUGUCGCACUGGCAGAAAGCCGUCGAAAUCGACCCGCAAAAUCCAAAUCCUCUCUUCAGUCUUGGCAUUGCCGCGGGCAACCAAGGACUCUCCGAUACGUCUACAGCAUACUUUGCAAAAAGCGUCGUCGUUGCCUCCCAGCACGCACCAGCCUUGCGCGACCUCGCACGACUCCAACUUGCGACAGCACUCUUGCCUCGCGUGUACGACUCCACCAACGAUAUCCACCAAAUUCGGCAAACAUUUACCACGGCGCUGGAAGAUCUCAUGGCGGACUCUCCGUUAUCGCUUGGCGACAACCCUAUCUACACCACGGGGUGUGGCUCGAUGGGUUACUACUUGGUGUACCAAGGUGGGCCGAACAAGCACUUGCGACGAACGCUGGCUCAAAUCUACGAAAAAAGCAUGCCUGGCUUGGAGUUUGAGGCGCCGCACGUUCGCGCUGCCCGCCACCACACGUUCCAGUUUCCUUCCACCGCACGCUUUGUCGAUGCGCGACCAUCCAAUGUGUCCGCCGCCGUCAUCGUGCAUCGUCGGAUCCGUGUCGGCAUCCUGUCGGCCUUCAUGUAUCAUCAUUCCGUCGGGCUCUUGAUGCAGGGUGUUCUCACGCGGCUAUCCAAUGCAACGUACGAGCUCGUGUUGCUGCGGUGUCGGCCAUGGCACGCCGACCACGUCACGGAUCGAGUGUCCCGCCACAUGAGUCGCGUGGUGCAGCUUCCGAACGACGUCUUUCACGCCCAGCAGGUCGUCGCCGACCUGGCGCUGGACAUACUGUUGUUCACCGAGCUUGGGAUGGACGCAUCGAGCUACUUCUUGGCGUUUGCGACUUUGGCGCUGCGGUCGGUUCUGUUUUGGGGCCACGCCGUCACGUCCGGGCUGUCGACGGUCGACUACUUUGUCACAUCGACGCAUUUCCAGUCCAAUCCGGUAUCGGGCUCUUCGGACGAAUUCACCGAGACGCUGUAUCCCAUGCAGUCGCUCACGACAGUGUUUCACCGCCCCCGCUUUUCAUUUCAUCGGUCGUUGCUGUCGUUCUUGCCUGCCGACGACGACGGACGUGUGAUGUACUUGAUACCCCAAACGUUGUACAAGCUCCAUCCUGCCAUGGAUUCGCUCGUCGCGGCAAUUCUUGCGGGCCAUCGCAACAGCUACUUGGUGCUCCUUGAAGGGGCGGUCCCGCACUUGGCCACACAGAUUCGUCGUCGGCUCGGACGAGUGCUGUCGCUGCAAGAUCUCGAGUCACGGGUCGUCUUUGCGCCAUACCUGUCUACCGACGCGUUCCUGACGUUGUGCCAAGUUGCCGAUGUUGUGCUGGAUCCAUUUCCCGUGGGCGGCGGCCGCAGCAGUUUCGAAGUGUUUUCGGUGGGCACGCCGAUUGUGGCCCACACUGCACGCACGUCGAUCGCGCAACUGACUGCUGCCAUGUACACAAAGAUGAAUAUCACGGCGUGCUGCGUUGCCGCGACGGACGAAGCGUACGAGACGCUGGAUUCCUCAGUGGCCACAGCGCUGGCAUUGGGCCAAAACACGUCGUACCGUCAAGAAAUGUCGACCUUGAUUCAAUCGAGGAGCUCGGUGUUGUUCGAGUCCGACGCGAGCACUGUUGCUUCCGUCAUGGACGAUUGGAACCGUUGUUUCCAUACGAUCCUAGCCAUGCCUCCGCCACCACGGCCGACGCCCGCAUCCACCGUCGCGAUUCCGUUUGGGUUUCGCCUGCAAUUGUUUGGGCAGCUGUCCGUCGAAGUUGUCAUGCAUGCCAACGAAACACCGACCCAAGUUGGAGCCACGAUUGCAGCUUUGUAUGGUCUCGAGCCGCUCUACCAAUGCUACAUCCAAACGCUGCUGUUUCAUGGCGUCCAGCGGUGGCGACAGAACGAGGCGCAGCUGGCCAUCACGACCGACGCCUUCCCUGGCAGAACCCCGCCGUUGGACAUUUAUGUAGGAGACGAUGUCGCGUUGGCCGUGCAGUACCACCUGUGGCGGUACAACCAUCGUGUGCCCGGCCGAGACGUUGCCGUCGCCGUGGCUUCCAUCCGCCACAAGUUGGCGUUCUCGGACGCGUCUGCCCCAUGGAUCGCUGCUCGUGGCGUGCAGCAUCGACCUCCUCGGUCGGCUGUCCAAGCACACGAUGCUCCGCUGCAGUCGACUCGGCAGUGCUUGACCGUCGCACUAACAACGUGCAAACGGUUGUCUCUAUUCCUGGCCACGAUGAAGAGCUUUCUCCCGUACGCCAACUCAACGGCGGUGGCGAUUUGCAUGAUCUUGGUACUCGACGACCAUUCAUCUGCUGCCGAUCGACGGGUCAUGCAAGAAUCGUUCCCCACCGUUCAAUUUGUGUUUACGCGGCGAAAAGGGCAUGCCCACUCGUUGAAUUUGCUCUUGGACUUGGUCUCGACGCCAUUCGUUCUGUACCUUGAAGAUGACUGGCAGUGGCUCCAAGACCUCCCGCACCACCCGAUUGCACACGCGCUAGCCGUGUUGGACAGCGACCCCACGUUGGUCCAGGUCUUGCUCAACACCCAAUUCAGCGGGUGGCCACGAACGAUGCACGACAGCCAUCCGUUUGACGUGUACUUUCGCCAUGAGUUUGGCAUUGUGGAUCAUGCCUUUGGGUACUGGCCGGGGUUUUCCCUAAACCCUGGCGUGUGGAAUUUGCGUCGGCUCCGGCAAUGCCCUCGCUUGACCUUUAACGAACGGUCCGACGUGUUCGAGCGAGAGUUUUCGUUGGCAGUGUGGCAAUGCGGGCUCCACGUGGCCAUGCUUCCAUAUACGACGGCGGUCCACAUUGGCGCCGCGCCAGGAACGAAUGGGUCGGCGUAUGCUCUCAACGGCAUGCCACGACGCUUUGACUAGGCGGGAAUGGUCGCUAUGUAGAAAAGGCCAAUGAGUUUUGAAAUGCUGGAUCCUGCAAUCUCGUGCGACGGAUGGUCUCGUUCUCCGAGCGAGACGAUAUCCAUCAAAGGGCGACUGGCAGGUCCACACCGCACUGCAGUCGAGCAUGCCUGUUCCGGUGGCAAUACCUUCUGUAG